AUGUUUCUACUUAGGGAGGUAACCAAGGCAAAAUCUAUGCUUGCUCGCUUGGGUAGAAAAAUCCUUGUGGUCAUACGUGACUAUCCUAUUUUCCGUCAUAUUAUGCUCCGCGCUUCUUGUGCUCAGCUCUCUACAAUACAUGGACAAUACGUUCAAAUUAUCUCAGCACGGGUUUUUGCAUCAGGUGCUAUAUCUCCGGGUGGUCCCAAGGAAGCAACGAUGGACGAAAUAUCUGAAAAAAUCAGGGUAUUGGAGGAAAAGGAGAAGGACUUAGCGAAACAGUAUGGGAUGACCGGGGACAUCGACUCAAUUGAGGUUCGAGGAGAAGCCAAAGCACGGGCCUUUUCGGAGCUCGGGAACAGCCAGCUUUUAUCGGAUUUGAGCAAUCUCCAAGAGCUCUACGAUAACCGGCGAAAGUUCGAGAUAUUGAAACUUCAUCUUCGAAAAGGGGAAGGAUUUUCUUCACCCCUACAUGUUCCCCUGCACCAUGUCGGCACCUCACGAUUUUGGUCCCUUCUUAUGAGCAUUAGAACCUCUGGGUAUCUAAAAAUCACAUUCAGCAUCCAGCGUGUUUUCGGUUCUGAGAGCACUUCACCUGGAAAUUCGGUUUUCACUUGUCAUCUUGAUGCAUUUGCUGCUGUAGAUGCUAGCGUGACAUCCUCUCUUGAUAUAGAGCUCUUAUUCAUUACUGUAGGGAAUAUAAUUUCUUGGUAG